AUGAGAAGGGAGUGCCAUCCACUGUUAAGGGGAGGGAGAGGGGGUAGCAAGUAUAGACAUGGAUUUUCUGCAGCUGAGAUGGAGUCACUGGCCAGCUUAUGUGAGGUUGUGUUGCCUCCUUUUCCUAUGGAUGCUUUGAAGAGCAAAAAAGAAGACCAAGCUGGUGAUGAUGAUGGCAAGAAUCUGCAGUCCUUCUGUGACAUUUCUGGUUCUCGCUAUCCAAUCCCUCAUGAGGUUGCUGAGUUGUUUACAAAGAGGAGCUUAAUAGAAGCAGUAAUACUGGUAAGAGUGAUUUUAUGGCUGCUAGCUACAAGGUUAGGCACCUUGUUGAUAUGUGGUUUCCUCUGUCUUGGUGAGAAAUGGCCCUAUAUCAACAACUUCUCAAACAUAUCUUUGGAGAAAAGGGAAAAGAUUAUGCAGAAGUGGCUGAAGCAUAGGUUCCUCACACCUAUUAGACUGGCAUUUGCUUAUAUCAAAGUCUUGUGCCUCUUUGUUUUUUACUCUUGGGUUGAUGAAAAUGGUGAUAACCCAGCAUGGAAAGCCAUUGGAUAUGAGGUAUCAGAUGAUGAGAAAUUGAGCAAUGCCUCCACCACUAGGCCCCUUGAAAAGGGGACUAUAGAAACCAUACAUGAAUCUGACUCAACUCUCCAACAAUCUCUUGCCAAGAAAGGCCUCAAUGUUACACUGGACACCAAAAGCAAUAUCCUCAAAGUCAAAUGUGAUGCAGUAGUUGUUGGGUCUGGUUGUGGUGGAGGUGUUGCAGCUGCUGUUCUUUCAAGUGCUGGUCACAAGGUGGUUGUUCUUGAGAAAGGAAACUAUUUUGUCCCUCGGGAUUAUUCAUCUCUAGAAGGUCCUUCCAUGAAUCAACUAUAUGAAACUGGAGGGAUCCUUGCUUCUGCGGACUCCAGAAUACUGGUUUUGGCAGGAUCAACAGUGGGGGGCGGCUCUGCUGUUAAUUGGUCAGCGUGCAUUAAAACACCACACAAGGUGCUGAAAGAGUGGUCUGAGGACAACAAGCUUGCCUUCUUUUCAAGCCAAGAAUAUCUCUCUGCAAUGGAAACUGUAUGUGAAAGGAUUGGAGUCACAGAAGACUGUACACAAGAGGGAUUCCAAAAUCAAGUGCUAAGAAAAGGGUGUCAAAAUCUUGGCCUCAAAGUUGACUAUGUGCCAAGAAACUCUUCAGGGAAUCAUUACUGUGGCUCAUGUGGUUAUGGCUGUCCAAAAGGAGAGAAACAAGGGACUCAAGCUACUUGGCUUGUAGAUGCAGUCGACAAAGGUGCGGUAAUAAUAACAGGAUGCAAAGCUGAGAGGUUCUUGUUGGAAAGCAACAGGAGUGGAAAUGGUAGAAAGAAGAAGUGCUUGGGAGUUCUGGCAAGAUUAUUAAACAGCAGGAUCACAAUGAAGCUCCAAUUUGAGGCUAAAGUGACAAUUUCUUCCGGUGGGGCACUUUUGACACCCCCUUUGUUAAUAUCUAGCGGACUAAAAAAUAAGAACAUUGGUAGGAACCUCCAUCUCCACCCUGUCCUAAUGACAUGGGGAUACUUCCCAGAAUCAAAUAAUUCAGAAUUCAAGGGCAAAGUCUAUGAGGGAGGUAUAAUCACAUCAGUCCAUAAGGUGCCAUCAACAAACUCCAAAUUAGAUUCAAGAGCCAUAAUUGAAACCCCUUUGCUAGGACCAGCAUCCUUUGCUGCAUUGUGUCCUUGGGAGUCAGGACUAGACUUCAAAAAAAGAAUGCAGAAUUACCCUAGAACUGCACAUUUCAUCACAAUAAUAAGAGACAUGGCAUGUGGACAGGUGACAUCAGAAGGAAGGAUUAGCUACAAGUUGAAUGAAAUUGACAGAGAGAACAUGAAGGCUGGCUUGCAACAAGCACUGAGGAUUCUUAUAGCCGCAGGAGCAGUUGAGGUAGGCACACACAGAAGUGAUGGCCAGAGACUCUGGUGUAGUGGCAUUAGUGAAAAUAAGGUGCAAGAGUUCUUGGACAGUGUUUGUCCAAUGGAUGGGCUACUCUCACCUGGUGAGAAUUGGAACAUAUAUACUUCUGCACAUCAAAUGGGGAGCUGCAGAAUGGGGGUGAAUGAAAAAGAAGGAGCAGUUGAUGAAAAUGGAGAGACAUGGGAGGCUGAAGGGUUGUUUGUUUGUGAUGCUAGUGUGCUUCCAACUGCAGUUGGAGUCAAUCCCAUGAUCACAAUCCAAUCCACUGCAUACUGUAUCUCCAAUAGAAUAGUACACUACCUUGGAAGAGCUCAAAUCUCAUAA